GAAGUCGCCACGCUCAGUACCAGAAAAUCAGUCGAAAUCUAAAUAAUCGGGGUUGGGCGUGUUACUUUUACAAAUUCGUGUAUUUUGAGUGUUUUUAUUAGAUAUGUAACUUAAUAAACCCUUAAUCGAGAUUAGUAGUUCCGAUAUCACGAUGGCCCUUUCACUCAAAAUUAAUUUUGUCGACGAAAACGUUACUAAAACCAUCGUUUUCGACCCUACAACAACAGUUCACGAUGCAUGCCGAAUUAUUAGAGAUAAAUGUGCGGAAAAUGACGGACAACCUAAAGAUUAUGGUUUAUUUCUCACGGAUGAAGAUAAUAAGACAGGGGUGUGGCUAGAACCAGCAAGAAAUCUGGAAUAUUAUAUUCUACGAAAUGGAGAUACACUUGAAUAUAGAAAGAAAUUAAGACCUUUAAGGGUUAAAAUGUUGGAUGGUUCUGUUAAAACAAUGAUGGUAGAUGAUUCCCAGAUAAUAGCCAAUUUGAUGGUUGUUAUUUGUACAAAAUUGGGAAUAACUAAUCACGACGAAUAUUCUCUGGUGUUGGAAGAUUUGGAAAAUCAAGAAAAUAUAGAUAACCGAAACUAUGGUACUCUAACAUUAAAACGCAAAAAGGAGGAAAAAGAACGAGAUGCAAAAAUGGAACAACUACGUAAAAAAUUACACACUGAUGAUGAAGUCAAUUGGCUAGAUCCCUCAAAAACGCUUAGAGAACAAGGCAUAGAUGAAAUGCAAACAGUAUUAUUAAGAAGAAAGUUUUUCUACUCAGAUCAAAAUAUUGAUUCCAGAGAUCCAGUGCAAUUGAAUUUGUUGUAUGUACAAGCAAGAGAUGCCAUCUUACAAGGAACACAUCCAAUUACUCAAGACAAAGCUUGCGAAUUUGCAGGUUUACAAUGCCAGAUACAGUUUGGAGAUCAUAUAGAAACUAAACACAAAUCUGGAUUUUUAGACUUGAAAGAAUUUCUUCCACAGUCUUACACAAAAAUUAAGGGUAUUGAAAAGAAAAUAUUCUCCGAACAUAAAAAAAACCAAGGUCUCAGUGAAUUAGAUGCAAAAGUAAAGUACACCAAAAACGCUCGCUCUCUCAGAACUUAUGGUGUAACAUUUUUCUUAGUAAAAGAGAAAAUGAAAGGAAGAAACAAGCUGGUACCUCGUUUAUUAGGGGUAACAAAGGAUUCAGUGUUACGUCUUAAUGAACAAACUAAAGAAAUUUUGCAAACUUGGCCAUUAACGCAAGUGAGACGAUGGGGUGCUAGUCCUAAUACAUUUACUCUAGAUUUUGGGGAUUAUUCUGAUCAAUACUAUUCUGUCCAAACCACGGAAGCUGAGCAAAUCCAACAAAUAAUUGCUGGAUAUAUAGAUAUUAUCCUGAAAAAACAACAGGCUAAAGAUCAUUUUGGUAUUGAAGGGGAUGAAGGAUCUACUAUGUUUGAAGAGAACGUUGCUAAGCAAAAAGCCACCAUUCUGCAACAGCGAGAAUCGAGUAAAGUUGGUAAAACAAACAUUGAAUCAUUAGCUAAACCUGCUGUUAUGAGAGUUGCUGAUGGAGAAAAACCUUAUGGCGUAGGCAUGAUGAGUGGUCCCAUGCAGACCACUAUUAGUGGAUCUGUAAAUGUUGGGCAUGCCCCACCAACGACCACAAACAUCCAACAAACGAAAAUUACUAUGGUAACCUCAGAACCACAACGCGCUCUUUUAUCAACCAUAACUGCAACUCAAUCAAGAAUCAAGGAAUCUGAAAUUGAACUUGAAGCUAAAGCAAAUAUUCCAGAACUGGGAACAGAUCCAGCUGCUAAAAAAUGGAAACAAGUUACUUUAGAUACUAAGAAACAGAAUGUUGGUUCACAAAUUGCAGCAAUGAAUGCUGCUACUGCUCAAGUAGUUACCUUAACAUCAGGUCCUCAAGAUGAGGUGGACCAUAAUGCUGUAGGUGCUGCAAUAACAACAAUAGGAAGCAAUUUACCUGAGAUGACCAAAGAUGUAAAAAUGAUUGCUGCUCUUAUGGAUGAUGGAAAUAUGGGAGAAAAAUUAAUAGAUGCUACAAGAAAGCUCUGUUUCGCUUUCAGUGACCUACUGAAGGCUGCAGAACCAGAAUCCAAAGAGCCAAGACAGAAUCUUCUUAACGCAGCUUCCAGAGUUGGCGAAGCUAGCACUCAAGUUCUUGCUACUAUUGGAGAAGAUACUGUCGAAAAUAAGGAGUUACAAGAUAUGCUAUUAUCUUUAGCUAAAGCUGUUGCAAACACUACAGCUGCACUUGUCCUUAAAGCUAAAAACAUCGCGUCGACUUGUGACGAUCAGCAAACACAAAAUAGAGUUAUCGGUGCGGCUACCCAAUGUGCUUUGGCUACAUCUCAGUUGGUGGCAUGUGCUAAAGUUGUCGCUCCUACCAUACAUUCGCCAGCUUGUCAGGAACAAUUAACUACUGCCGUUAGGGAGGUAGCUAAAGCAGUUGAGAACUUGGUUGCUGUGUGCAAUGAAUCAUGUCCAAACGAAGAUUUAAAUACUCAAUUGAAAAACGCAGCUUCAGAAGUAACACGGACAUUAAAUGAUUUAUUGAAUCAUAUGAGAUUAGCGAGCCGUGAACGAGUCAAGGAAACUAUCCAAGAACAUAGUGUCGAAGAAAUAUAUACAGCUACUGAUAAACUCUCAGCAGCAUCUGGGGACCCUAAUGAAAUGGUCCGGCAAGCGAGACGUUUGGGACAGGCCACCGCACAAUUAAUUCAAAGCAUAAAAGGCGAAGCAGAAAAAUUGCCUGAUUCAGAUAUACAACGCCGAUUACUGGGUGCUGCAAAAACUUUAGCUGACGCAACCGCCAAAAUGGUGGAAGCAGCUCGACAAUGUGCAAGUCAUCCACAUGAAGUGGUUUAUCAAGACCAGUUAAGAAAAACUGCAGAAGAUCUUAGAGAUGUUACGGCAGUGGCUGCAACUACGCCUGCACUCAGAGCUAAAUUGGUUGAUAGAGUUCAAAUUUGCGCCCGAAAAGCUGCCGCUUCUGCUACUCAAUGUAUAACUGCUGCACAAGCUAGCCAAUCUUACAAUACCAACGCUGCUACUAGAGAAACUCUAAGUCAGGAUACUAUGGAAUUGGCAGAAACAAUACCAUUGUUAGUUGAAUCAAUCAAAGCUAAUGGACAAAAUGCAGAAGAUACCACCAGUCAAGUCGAAUUAAUGUACAUCGCAGAGGUGUUCUUACAUCCUGCUAGUCAGUUCAUACAAUCCUCUCAAUCUGCUUUACCAACAUUAACAGAACACUCUGUACGUGAACAAUUAUCUAGUACAACUCAAAAAUUCAACACAGAAUUAAGUGAUUUACAUAGUGCAAUUAGCAGAGCAAAACCAGCAUGUCAAGGCUUAGGUAUGGAUGCUGCUCAACAAUUAAUAGCUGAUCUUCAAGAAGAACUGAAUGAAUUCGAAAGAGCAGUCAAUGCAUACAAAUUGAAACCAUUGCCAAAUGAUACACCAGAACGUGGAGCUCUACAAUUAGCUGCCAGUACGAAACUAGUUAAUCAAGGUAUAGCGCAGCUUUUAAGUGCUUCAACUCAAGGUAAUGAAAUGUACACAUCUCAAGCUGCAAGAGAUACUGCUCACAGCCUUAAGAAUCUUACCAAUGCCGUUCGUAUGGUUGCUGCCACAUCAGACAAUCCAGAAGUUCAAAGAAGAGUAAUAAACUCGGGUCAAGAUAUACUUGUACUAUCUUCAAAACUUGUGAGCGAAGCUCAAAAGAGUUUAACAACUGUUGGAAUCACACCAGGUCUUCAAAAGGCUGCCAAAGAUAUGUCGAUAGCUUUGAAUGCCGCUGUAAGCUGUUUGCCAGGACAGAAAGAUGUAGAUACAUCCAUUACGAAUAUUAUUGAAUGGUCAUCAUCAUUGACAACAAACAAUUUGCCGCAUACAAAAAAAAGCUAUGGCGAACUACAGCAAGAACUAAAUACGGCUGCAGCUAAUUUGAAUGAAGCUAGUUCAAGUGUUGUGGAAUCAGUAUAUAGUUCCAUUCAGUUAGCCUCGACGUCUAAAGAUUUUGCAGCUGCUUAUCAUGAUCUACUGGGUGUUACUAUGGAAAUGGCAGGACAAACUGUAGAUACUACAGUUAAAGGUGAAAUAGUUCAUUCUUUGAAAACCAUUUCAACAUCGUCAAGUACGCUUCUCACGACCGCGAAAUCCUUAUCUGCUGAUCCAAAUCUUCCCAAUGGAAAAAAUCAAUUAGCAGCUGCAGCUCGUGCUGUGACUGAUAGUAUUAACCAUCUGGUGAAUAUAUGUACAUCAGCUGCACCUGGCCAAAACGAAUGUGACAAUGCAAUUAGACAAAUGAAAGCUAUGAAGUACUUAUUGGACAAUCCUACAGAACCUAUAAACGAUUCUUCUUAUUACGAAACUUUGGACACUGUAAUAGAGAAAAGCAAAAUAUUGGGCGAAGGUUUAACAGGCAUCACAUCUAGUGCAAAAUCUUCAGAACAUGAAAAAUUUACAGAACAUGUCAAAAAUUACAGCAGUGCUAUUUGCUCCAUGAUUGAAACUUCUGCGCAAGCUGCAUAUCUAAUUGGUGUAUCGGAUCCAUCAAGUACAGCAGGUCGACCAGGCUUAGUAGAUCAAGCCCAGUUCGCUAGAGCUUCUCAAGCUAUCCAACAAGGUUGUGCAGCUCUAUCGUCUUCAACAAGUCCACAAAAACAAGUAUUAGAAGCCGCUACUCUAAUAGCUAAACACACCAGCGCCUUGUGUAACUCCUGCAGAAUGGCCAGCUCAAAAACAACAAAUCCUGUUGCAAAGAGACAAUUUGUACAAAGCGCUAAAGCCGUCGCUAAUAGUACAGCUGCUUUGGUUAAAGAAAUUAAGGCACUAGAUGCAGAUUAUUCUGAAGAGAACCGAAUUAGAUGUGCAGAAGCUACUAGGCCACUUUUAGAUGCUGUAGAAAAUCUCUGCCUAUAUGCCAGCUCCAGUGAAUUUGCAACUAUUCCUGCAAAAAUACCUCCUCAAGCCCGUCACGCACAACAACCUAUUGUUGAUUGUGGCCGUAAACUGAUUGAUACAUCGUGUGCUGUUAUAAACGCCACCAAAAAUCUUAUAAUUAUGCCCAAAGAUCCUUCCACCUGGCAACAUUUUGCUGGUUGCUCCAAGAAUGUAUCUGAUGCCAUAAAACAAUUAGUUGUCAACAUCAAGAAUGAAGCACCUGGUAAAACCGAAUCUGACACUGCUGCUCAGAUCAUCAAUAAUCAUCUGAAAACGUUGGAUGCUGCAUACAUGGAUGCUGUUUCUCAGUCUCUCACGCCAAGAAAAUCCGCAACUCUUCCAGUUUAUAGUCAACAAGUUGAACGAUCUGCUGCUGGACUUUUUGAUACUAUAGAACCAUUACGACAUGCAGCUAAAUAUGAAGCUGAAAGUAUUGGUCAUGCUGUUAACCAAUUGAUACAGUAUUUUGAGCCCUUAGUAGAAAGUACCAUUGGAGCUGCAUCUAACCUUACCAACUCUAAACAGCAGGAACAAAUUUUAGAUCAAGCUAAAUCUGUAACAGAAUCUGCCUUACAGUUUGUUUAUGCGACCAAGGAUUGUGGUGGAAAUCCUAAAGCAGUAAAUAUUCAUCCUGAUAUUGAUGAAUGUGCCAAUUCAACAAGAGAUAAUCUUCAAGACUUGGUUACUAGUUUGGAAGCAAUCUCAACACAAAGCGGAAUUGUAUCAGGUGUGGUUGACAAUUUAACAAGAUCUAUGACUCGAUUAUCAGACAACAGAGCAUCUCUAAUUAUUUCCGAUAGUGAUCUUGGAUUCGUUGACUAUCAGACUCGAAUGGUAGAAUGUGCAAAAAGCAUAGCAAAAAUUGCUGGAGAAAUUGCCAGUAAAGCUGCCACUGACACUCAAAAAGUUGCUCAACUCUCAGCAGAUCUAGCUCACAAGUAUGCCCAAUUAUCAAGUGAUAGUAUUGGUGCAGCCGCAGCUGCUACAAAUGCUGAGGUUUCCGUUAGACUUCGAGAAAUAGUACAGCAGUUAGGAAGUGCGUGCGUGGAGUUAGUCCAAACUGGGGGUCAGUGCUUGGUCAGGAAAGAUGACAUAAUAUUACGCGAAGUAGGAGAUUGUUCUCGUAACGUCACAGAAAAAGUAUCUCGAGUGUUAGCAACUUUGCAGAACGAAUCUAGAGGUACUCAAGCUUGUAUCAACGCUGCUUCUACCGUAUCCGGUAUUAUAGGGGAUCUGGAAACUACAAUUAUGUUUGCCACUGCUGGAAAUCUUAAUCCAGAAAAUGAACUUGAAUCAUUUGCUAACCAUAGAGAGAAUAUAUUAAAAACUGCCAAGGCUUUAGUUGAAGAUACUAAAACUUUGGUUGCUGGGGCUGCUUCUUCCCAAGAGCAAUUGGCAGUGGCUGCACAAAAUUCAGUAGCUACAAUCGUGCAACUAGCAGAGGUGGUGAAAUUUGGAGCAGCCAGUUUGGGUAGUGAUAACCCAGACUCUCAAGUUAUGCUUAUAAACGCAGUACGUGAUGUAGCGAGUGCACUUGGUGAUCUAAUUCAAGCUACAAAAGCGGCAAGUGGAAAACCCAUUAACGAUCCAGCUAUGGUUCAUUUAAAAGACAGUGCUAAGGUUAUGGUUACAAAUGUCACAUCUCUACUGAAAACCGUUAAAGCUGUAGAAGAUGAACACACAAGAGGAACUAGAGCAUUAGAAUCUACUGUUGAAGCAAUUGGCCAAGAAAUGAAGGCGCUGUAUUCUAGUAGUGAUGGCUGCAAACAAGGAGUAACAGCAGAAGAUUUAAUUCGCUGCACAAAAUUUUUAACCAAUGCAACAGCAAAAUGUGCUUCAGCGGGUAUCAGUAAUAAACAAGAUGACAUCAUCGCGGCUGCUAAUCUAUCGAGAAAAGCUAUUUCUGAUAUGUUGAUAAUUUGCAAAAGUGCUGCUUACAAUUUAGCCGAAACACAAGAAUUGAGAAUUGAAACAUUGAAUGCGGGACAUGAUUGUGCAAAACAAUUCAGAGAAUUGUUGUUACUAAUUUUACAAGGCAAUGGAUCGGCUGAUGUUAAACAAACUCUUCCAUUAGUAUCUAGAAAAAUUGCACAAAGUGUUACUGAACUUCUGAGCGUUGCAAAAAGGCUUAAAGGGUCUGAUUGGGUUGAUCCUGAUGAUCCUACAGUUAUUGCUGAAAAUGAAUUACUGGGUGCUGCUGCUUCUAUUGACGCUGCAGCUAAGAAGUUGGCAAGUCUGAGACCUCGUCAAAAUAUUAAGACACAAGACUUGGACGAAUCAAUGAACUUUGAUGAAAUGAUUCUCGAAGCCGCCAAAUCAAUCACAGCUGCAACUUCAGCUCUAAUUAAAGCAGCCAGUGCAGCACAACGUGAAUUAAUUGAUGCUGGUAAAAUGUCCGGUACUCCAGUUUCAUCAUCUGAUGAUGGUCAGUGGUCAGAAGGACUAAUCUCGGCGGCAAGGUUAGUUGCUGCUGCCACCCACAGUCUCGUCGAAAGUGCGAACGCAUUGGUUCAAGGAAUGGGCAGUGAAGAUAAAUUGAUAGCUGCUGCAAAACAGGUAGCAAGUUCUACAGCCCAGUUAUUAGUAGCUUGUAAAGUAAAAGCAGAAGGUGAUACAGAAGCCACUAGAAGACUUCAUACUGCUGGCAAUGCAGUUAUAAGAUCCACAGAUAAUUUAGUAAGAGCUGCACAACAAGCCAAGAGUGUAGAAGAAGAAAGAUAUUUAGUUCUGAACAAGAAAAUGGUUGGCGGUAUUGCCCAGGAAAUUAAUGCAAGAUCUGAAGUACUGAAAAAGGAAAGAGAACUCGAGGAGGCUCGUAAUAAACUAAGUGCCAUUCGACAAGCGAAGUAUAAACUUAAAGGGUACGAUACCUCUGGCGAUGAUACUGAUGGUUACAUUAGUUCCGCACCUGAAAUGGAUUCUUCUAUGCGGUACCAUCAAAGUUACGACUACCAAUCUAGUCCACAUCAAAGAUACUAUCAAGAUAACUAUUCACAAUUAGAAAGUCCAGAGAAAGUGAACUCGCUCGAACGCAAUAAAAACAUUCUAAAAUCUCAAAUAAACGACCUCGACUCAGCAACAUAUGGAUCAACGAACACGUAUGGACAAGAUUACAAUUCAUAUAGUCAGAACUCGCCCAAAUUUUAUCCAAAAGAUACUUACACAAGUACUCCUAGUCAUUAUAAAAGUUACGAUCCUCCAAAAGAUUCAUUUUAUCAACCGUUAGAUAAUAAAUAUUAUUCAGAUGGAUACUCCAGUUCUGAAUAUGCAACAAAUACGUACAAAACACCAGAAGGGUAUAAAAUGAAUACAUAUGAGUAUAAGAGCUACCAAUCUCAGCCUCAACAUUCUUAUUCAUCUAGUAGCGAAAAAUAUUAUACUAGUUCACCCGCAGUUACAUCUCCUAGAGACAAAAAGGCGUUUGAAACAUUCAAAAAUGGAGAUUCUCAAUAUUCUUAUUCAACUAAUGUUGAAUACAUAAACGAACCACCCCUUUUUAGAGAUGAUGACACGCUAGAACAAAAAAUGUUGAAAAAAUCAGUGACGCAACAGAUUAUUGAGAAAAAAACUGUAUCCAUGACAAAAAGUAGUAAGGAGGAAUCUUCGACAAAGAGUUUUAGAUUUGAAUAGUUUUUGGCUGCCAUACAAACCAUGCAAGAUGUUUCAUUAGUACAGUAUCAAACAACAUAAUUUUUUAUUAUCGUUACAAAUAAUAAUCUCAGAUAAAACAUUUGAUGUGGGUUCAAUUUGUAUGAUUUUAUAUAACGUAUGUUAUGAAAUAUGAAAAUUUCACAUGCAGUAUUUACUAGAAUUAAAAUAUACGGUAUAUAACCAAAAAAUAUAUCUCAAGGCCGGCCUCAAUUGGUUGAGAUACAAAAAAAUAUUUGUUUACUUCUUUCACCUGACCAGUACCUACUUGCAGUAUUGUUUAAUGGUCGUGGUAUGAAAAUUAAGACUAGUGUUAAAUCUAUUUAACAUUAUUUUGCAAAAUGGAGUGUCUUUGUUCAGGUCUUCAACAAAUUUUACUUUAUACCAAGGUAUUUUUUUUAAUAUUCACAGUUCUUUUAUUGAUUUACUCUUAGUACAUUUAUGUAUGUGGAAUUACGGCUUAAGCCACUUAAAGGUGUUAUGAAAAAAAAAAUUAAAAAAAGAAUGUGUGAAUUUUUAAGCUUUUUAAUACAACUUUUAAAAUAAUUUAGCCAAAGUAAACACUAAAAUUUCGAAUUUCAAAAAUUAAAAAAAUUAAUGCACUUUGGACCUUCUACAUAUAUAUCCACAAGGUUUCUGGUACUUAAUCAUUCUCUUUAUAUUAUUUAUUAUUUACUGUUUCGAUUUCCUCUUGAAUUUGAAAUAAUUUUUAAUCACCUUAUUUACUUGAAAUUUAAGAUAUUUCUUAUUUGCAAAUCCUAUGACUUUCAUUCAAUCUUCGGAUGUGAUUUUAAUAUCGUUUUUUUUUCUUUCAAUCUACAAAAAUUGAGUUACAAGAUACUAGAAACUCUGCUCAAUCCUAUAUUGGCUAAAAUGUUUUUGGUGGUUAUAUCUUGUUUAAAAAAUGUUUCAGGUUGAAAACAAUUGUAUGUAGACAGCAGAAUGCCUAUUCUUCAUUCUUUGUACCCAUUUAUACUGUGUAUACCCAAGCAAUAUUCUAAAACUGAUGUUUAUUCUGAACACCUGUAACUAGAUUUGAUGUGGGUAAUGGAGUUGUUACCGUAUAUAAUGCAGUUAUUUCAUAGAAUAACUAGUUAUUCUAGAAAAUAACUGAUCGUGUCCGUAAAGUGUGUAAUAUAUUAUUAAUUUGACUAGUUUUCUAGGACAUAACUAGGUAUCCUAUAAAUUAACUAAUGAGAGAUACUUAAAGUGUAUAAUAAACAAUUUAUCUAAUUUAUGUAGCGUAUAAAUGGUAUUUAUGGAAACAUACCAUAAAAUCAUUUGUUACAACAAGGAUUACUAAAAUGACACUUGGAAUUACAAAGAACAUUAUUUCUAAAACAAAAACAAUCUUUGUUGGUACAAACUUUGAGCCGUAGCAACCGACCGAAGCGAUAUUUCUAAAUCCGGUACUUCCUCGAUUUUAAUUAAUUUUUGUUCGCAGACACUGAACUGGGAUCGGAAAUAUAAUUGUUUUAUGCGACCGUUUCUUGUGCCCAAGUGGAAACAUCCUUCCAUUUUUCCGCUACUCUUCAUAUUGUUAAACGAAACGUAAAUGUACCUUAUACUAAAGAGCGAAAUAUAUGAUAUAAACUAUUUCACACUUUAACGGGCUGCAGAUCGUUAUUAUAUGAAAUAAUUAGUAAAAGUGUCAAAUUAAUAAUAUAUUACACACUUUAACGGACACGAUCAGUUGUCUCAUAGAAAAACUAGGUAUUCUAUAAAAUAAAGGAUUUCAUACUUUAACGGUAUCAGAAACAAACGCAUAAAUUAUUGUAUCAUUGCCUAAUGCUUUGCCAAAUCUUACUUUAAACAAGUAAACUUGCUUCUGAAGUGGGAUUUGAUUUUUAUACCAUGCCAAGGUUGUCGAAAAUGUAAAUUAAAUCUCUCUGUUAUUAAUCUUGAUAUUACAUUAUUUCUCAUUUCUUGUGAAGAUCAAUGAAUGAAAUUAUCCAAAUAAAAUAUAAACACAGAGCUCACCGAACGACCCAUAAAGCUCUUCAUAUUUUAGACCACUGUUGUAAACAACCCAGGCGGGGUUUUAGCUCCUAUAUUUGGGGGGAAGGGGAGUUGUGUCGACUUAAAAUAAAAAAAGAAAAACUGAGCAGAACUUAUCUAUAGGUAAAUUUUCCUGAUUAAAUACCAGCAAUCCAUACUAUUUAUAUGAAUCAUUUAUUAAAUUUUUCCAAAUUAUAAUAGAAAUUUCAAUCUUCUCUUUGAGUAGUUUGAAAAUAUGCCUAUUACUGCUCCAUCAUCAAUAUCUCUAUUAAUAUUUAAAAGGUCUAGUCCUAUGAGGCGUUUUUCUCCCAUGGAUUCUCGCAGCCAAUUUUUUAACGAGCGUAAAGUUUAAACGCUUCCUUCACUCGAAGCGAUGCUUACUGGUAAAGUGACAAGGAUACGAAAUAAAAUGUUAAUUGUUGGGUACAUAUCUUGUCACAUUCUUCUGGUAUUUUAAUUGUAGAUUUUUUGUAUUAUUUCAUAUAAAAUACUUCACUCUGAAGCAUCUUGUAUGUACUGCUGUUAUUUGUUUUUAGUGUAUAUUCUAUUUGUUCUUAAUUAUAAGUGUCCUUACUAAAUACGGUGCUAAUGUUUUGCUUGUUUCUUUACUUAACCAAAACCAAAAUUUAGUUUUUAAGUGCCAAUAAUAAAAUAUAAGCUUUAAUGAAAUGUUUAUAUUUUUAAUUAUUAAUCUGUACAUUACAUUUGAUAUUGUAUUUAUAAAAACUCAAAAGUGCCUAUUCUUCAUUGUAUUGCUUUUUAAUUUGUAAUUAAAUUUUAUAUUCUAGUAUAAAAAUAA